AUUGUUUGUUGGAGAAGACUUUCGGAAUUAAGCGAGAGCGCCUUCCAUCACGGUCCAGAAUGCAGUCCGCUAGGAGCAUCCCAAGCGUCAACCUUAUCGCGAGCCCAAACGAAAUACCCUUUUAUAUACACCCCGUAUCGUGAGUAUGUCUCUUCUGUAAGUUCUCUUCUCUUCUCUUCUCUUCUGCAACCAUGUCUCCAAGCUUUUCAUCGGAGUCGCUGCACAACAGCGUGGCCUACAUCAAUGGCCGCGUCUACACCGUCAACAAAGAUGCUGCAUGGGCCGAAGCAUUCAUCGUCGACCCCGAAGGCAACUUCUCGGCUGUCGGGACAACCAAAGACAUCGAAGCCAGAGCCCACAACGACGAUCUCAUCAUCUUCGACCUUCGGGGUCAGUUUAUCAUGCCUGGCAUUCACGACGCUCACGUCCAUAUGCUGAUAUCGGGUAUUGGAAUGCUAUCACACGUCAAGCUACCUAUGGGCGGACUCAACUCAGAUACCGUUGGAGAAGAGCUGAAAAAAGGUAGUUGCUUGUGCAAGUACGCUCAUGUUCACCAAGAUUGGCUGGUGGGGACGGCCUACCAGAUCGAAAACUUUCACCGCGAAUCGCUGGACAAGACUUAUCCAGGUACCCCGGUCCUGAUACGUGGCGGCGCCGCUCAUAGCGCCUAUCUCAACACUGAAGCAUUGAAGCGGGCCGGGUACGAUAUCGAGUCAGAGAAAGACGGUCAAGGCACCCGUUAUUUGCGUGAUGAGCGGGGCCACUUGACAGGAGAGAUGGCUGAGAUGAGCAUGAGCAAGGCCUUAACAACCAUUCCACGGCCGAAUUUGUCUCAUGUCAAACGGGCUUUGCGGGAUGCUCAGUACAUGCUUCACCGCGCAGGCGUCACCAGCUGCCAGGAGGCAUCUGCAAAUUCACUCAUGCUUCACGGGCUGCGCGAACUCGAAGCAGAAGGUGCACUCAAGAUAAACAUACACCCUCACAUUGUGUACGCUCCGGAUUGGCUCGCCGAAGAGAGCACCGAGGCUCUUCAUCGCCUCAUCGACGACAGCGCUUUCUUCCGAUCGAAACAUGUCGAUACGCGCUUUGUCAAGAUCAUCCUUGACGGAGUUCCACUGGAGCCAUACUUUUCACAAGCAGGUCUGACAGAAAACGGACGCGUCGAGGAAUCCAAGCUGUUCAUCCUCAAUGUCCACCAGGCGGUACAAAAGUACGAUGCUAUCGGAAUGACGAUGAAGAUUCAUUGCACUGGUCAAGGCGCUACCAGGCUCACCCUCGACGCCUAUGAAGCUGUUCGAAAGACCAACGCGGACGGACCCAGGCACGAGAUAGCGCACUGUAAUGGUGUGCACGAUGAUGACUACAAGCGAUUCAAUGAAUUGAACGUGACGGCAGAAAUGUCGCCUGCGUUCCUGUUUGUGAAUCCCCUUGCAACUGCUAGCGGAGGUUUGAUGGACUGGAACUUUCCGAAGAUGCUCAAAGCAAAUGCCCAUACCACUAUUGGGAGUGAUUGGGGCGCCGGAGAGCUACCAGACCUGCUUCCCUGCAUGGCUGGGAUCGUUGAGAGUGUCGGUUUCGGCGAUAAACAGCUGGGCGGAGAACGAAUCUGCCGUAUGCUUACAUUAGCAGGUGCCGAGGCAGUUGGCAAAGAGAAGGAAACAGGGAGCAUCGAGACUGGCAAGAAGGCCAACUUCAUUGCUGUCAGCGAGGACUUGAGCAGGGGUGAUUUUGACAAAGCCAGAAUCCUGACUACUUGGUUCGAGGGCGAAAUCGUGUAUGAGGAGCAUUAAUCUGCAAUUGAUAUUGCCACCGCGAUAGCACUGUACCGCUACAAUGUACAGCA